AUGGUCUACAACCUCGAAGAAAAUUCAGGAUCUGUUGUAAAGGGACUUUUGUUCCGCAAAAGUAAGUGGCACUGCAUAUAAUUUAUAUUUACGAUCAUCUUGAUUGAUCAGAAUUAUAUGGCUCGAUCCACACUAUAAAUUAAAGUGCUCAGUGUCAAUAUUGAAUCAAGUGUCGAAGAACUCAGAAAACCCGUCCAAAAAACCGCCUGCAAAGUCAUCGCUAUCCAUACAGAAUCAGAUACAGCCAUUUUUGGAAUAUCCCUUCUUAAACAAGUUAAUUCCCCAAUAACUCGAAAAGUAUCAGCAGGUUAUAUUGAUUGAUUCACCAGAUAAUUUGGUUUUUUGACGAAUGACGAAGUUUGAAAUGACUGCAUGCUUGGAGUAUAAAAAUUACUGUAGCGAUAGCACACUUAAUUAACACCAUUGAGAUUAACACACAUCUGACCGCCAUCGUGCAUAAUCAUCGAUCCUGGAAAUCAAGAACAAAACCCGGUAGAAUAAAACUCGGAAAUCACAGCACAACUUCUGGCCAACAUGCUAUCCGUAAGAUUUCGUUUUCAUUUUCCACAAUUCACCACUUUUUUUUGUCUUGUCUUUGAGUGACCACUCUCUUGUCUUUUGCGUGUUUAAAGCUGGUGUCACUGUUAGCUCCACCACACACAAUACAGAUCUUAUAAACAUUACAACAAACAGUCCUUCUUUCUAGAUCUUAAAAGCGUCAACUGGUCUACCGUUGUAGACGAAAACGAUGUUGAUGCUACCGUCAACAACUGGUGGCAAUGUUUUACUGACUUAAGGGAAUUAGUAUUCCAUGAAUGACGUCGGAAUUAAGUCGAGCGAUGCAAGAUCGAGACUACACAAAAAACACAGUCACAACAUCAUUGAUCGUCAUACCGUAAGCUUCGCUGUUUUAUUAACAAAGCAGUACGUGAAUGCACAUCUAAAUAUUAUGUACGAGUCCUUGGUAAAAUAAAACAAAAUAAUCCCUCUGGCCUUUGGAAAACUCUCAAUGAAUUAUUAUCGCGCAACACACAUUCUUCAGCACUAUACCAUCUAUCAUAUCGGAUGCCGUUGAAACCAAGAACUCGCAUUCUAUAUUAUCUCUUUUCAAUACUUUCUUCACUACUAUCGGUAAGAAUUUGGCAAACACAAUCAAGCAAAGAUUUUCAUCAAACAUAUUCUCCUCUAUUCAACUACCACAAAUUUAAUUCCACAUUUUAAUUCAAAGAGAUUGAGGUUGCGUCUGUUUUCAAACAGCUAUAUAUCAACUCUUAAAACUAAUAAAUCUACCGGCCUUGAUGGUAUCAGCGCCAGACUACUGAAAGAUGCUGCAACAAGCUGCAGCAAUUAUCGCCCCAACCCUAACUGACAUAUUUAUAAUCAAUCACUCUAUUGCUCUAAUAUGUCAAACUAUAUACAAACCCAUAUCUGUUCUGCCAAUCCUGAGCAAAAUUUUGGAACGUUUCGUCCACACGCCAAUUUACAGCUAUUUAUCUGAAAACAAAAUCCUCUCGUAUUCUCAAUUUGGCUCUAGACCUAAGUUAUCUGCGAGUACCGCACUGGAAUUCUUCACCGAUACUAUUCUUGAAAAUCCUGACAACGGUCUUGUCAUAGCCUCUGUUUUUCUGGAUUUUAGCAAGGCAUUCGACACGGUUCACCACGUUAUUUUGUUACGCAAAUUGAAAUCAUUUGGCGUGGAUAAUAACUCGUUAAAUUGGUUUGAGUCAUAUAGCUUACCAAUCGUCAACAGAAAACGUCAAUUAAUAAUACGUUAUCCGGCUCAUUACCUGCAUGUGUCAAUUGGUGUUCCGCAAUGUAGCAUAUUGGGUCCCUUACUUUUCAUUAUUUACAUAAAUGGCAUGCCCAACAUUGUGAAAUACUGCGAAAUAAUACUCUACGCUGAUGAAACUCGCCUAUAUUAUUCCUUUAAUUUGGUCAAAGACAUUGAGCAAUGCGUUAAUGAAGAUCUUCAUUCAAUCUGUAAAUGACUUGAUGAAAAUCUACUGACAUUAAAGUGUGCUUCCAAGGUCCUCCUUUUUAGCGGUAUUAAACCGUCGUCUAAAAACAUUCAGCAAUAUCUUCAUAUACGUUAACGACCAACAACUUGCUCGAGAACAAACUUUUAAAUAUCUAGGAAUCACCUUUUCAGAGAAUCGCACUUGGUCCGAUCACUUAAGUAACGUAUCGAUAAAACUAACGUAUUGGAUUGCUUAGAAGAGUUAAAGUGCAUGUCUUAUCUUCCCAUUAUUCGACUACGCUGACAUUAUAUGGGGUGAUAAGAACAAUAUCACCCUCAUGGAUCAACUACAAAUCCUUCAGAACAAGGCUGCAAAGACGAUUCUUGACGCUCGUUACCUAUCCUCCUCCACUGAAUCUCUCUCAAACCCACUAAUUCCACUAAUUACCCACCGGCGCUACUUACAUCGAGUGCUGGGCAUUUUCAAAUUUAAAAAUAACCAGCUAGCUAGUUUUCAUAAUGCACUAAUUCUUAAAUCUCCACAGUAUUAUUAUAAUCGAACGCAUUUUGCAACUAGCUCUCUUUGUAAUAUAUUAUAAACUUACCUCUCCCUCGCAGGAAAACGAUUUCAAACAUUGCAUGUUAUUGACUAUAUAGUAUUUGAACUUGGAUUUGCCUGUCUUCCUGUCAUCAUGGACAAAAACACCAGAAAACUGUAGAUGGGUUGGAUUCAACUACCAGUGAUUAAAGUUAACUAUAGUUAGUGGAAGCGUCAUCCAAUAAGAAGCGCGUAUUUGAGAGUUAAUCACUAUUUAACUACAAAAUAGUGAUUAAAAAAGUGAUUAAGAGUUUUAUACAACCGGCCUCUGAAAACAAGAAAAAUACAUCGACUUUCCAAACGAAGGGCUUUCGCUCGAAACGUCGACGUUUUACUUGUAUUUUUCAGGUUGUUGAAUCCCUACCCAUGCAUCUACACUUUUCUUGUAUAUUUAUUGAACAUUUUCAUUCUUGCUUGAAAUUCAGAAAAGUUUCCAAUGUUCUUUAUACUGCAGUAUGUAUUCCAACCUCCGAGGAGCGUAGUGGAAAGAACCUGGGAGUUGUAUGUAUUGAAUGAGAUUGUGUGUAUUCAACCCUUUGCAUGACCAACAAUUCUGUCACUCUACUUUGUACCACAAGACAUCAUGGUGAUUACCUGGAACGUAAAUAACCCAAAUCUCGUUCCUGCAUUGAUAUGCGGACGUUCUAAAUUGCAUAGGUGGUAAUAUCCCGACCAUUGGAGAUUACCAGCCUCGCGCGACAAGGGCUUCGGCCGCCUCGAGCCAGGGAUAUGAAUCAGGCCAUCGAUACUGAGUAUUGUUUUAUUUUAAUUAAGGCCCAGAGAUUCCCAAAGACGCUAACUCACUUGUUGCGAAAGCGUUCGCAGAAAAUUGGUGCCAAUGGACUUUCGAGAAAGGUUUGACAACAUUGGUUGAAGUUUUAGAAAACAAAUUACUGGAGUCUGGUGUUACGAUAUUGAAAACGACUCACUUAACGUCGAUAAAGAUAAAUGAAGACAAAAAAAUUGAAGCAAAAGGAGCUCGAAAAGGUGACGUAUUUGUGGCCGACCAUCUCAUUAGUGGUAUUUCCUCGAAACAACUUGCUGGAAUACUUCCUGAAGAGCAUGCCGUGUUGGCAAAACAUCUUCUGAAGAUCAAUGCAGCUACUGUCGCUGUGGUGAACCUGGAGUUUGACGGAUCAGUUUUAGACAUUGAAGGCUUUGGUCUUUUAUAUCCCUCACGAGAGUCACGGAAAGUGUUCGGUGUCGUUUUUGAUUCGUGUACGUUUGCUCAGGGAGACCGAAGAUCCUCAAAAUCAACGCGUUUAACG